GUAAUCAAAUUGCGACAAUUUGGGCGGCAGUUUGUGCUGAUGGGUGUACGGGGAGCUCUCCGGAAUAUUUCAGGGAAGUCAGACAACGGUGAGAGAGGAUGAUUCACGAGCUGCUGCUGGCGCUGAGCGGAUACCCGGGGACCAUCUUCACCUGGAACAAACGGACAGGUCUGCAGGUGUCUCAGGACCUACCAUUCCUCCACCCCAGUGAGACCAGCGUCCUCAGCAGGCUGUCCAAACUGGGCUCAGACUACAUCCGCUUCAGUGAGUUCAUCGAGCAGCACACUGGGCACGUGCAUCCGCAGGAGCACCACUCAAACCAACCCAGUCAGACGGGUCUCCAUGGGAUCUACCUGCGAGCGUUCUGCACAGGUCUGGACUCGGUGCUGCAGCCGUACAGACAGGCUCUGCUGGACCUGGAACAGGAGUUUCUUGGAGAUCCUCACCUGACCAUAUCUCACGUCAAUUACAAACUGGACCAGUUCCAGCUGCUGUUUCCAUCUGUGAUGGUCGUGGUGGAGACGAUCAAAUCCCAGAAGAUCCAUGGCUGUCAGAUCCUGGAGACGGUGUACAAACACAGCUGUGGCGGUCUUCCACCUGUUCGCAUGGCGUUAGAAAAGAUCCUGGCCGUGUGCCAUGGCGUGAUGUACAAACAGCUGGCGGCGUGGAUGCUUCAUGGUUUGCUGUUGGAUCAGAGCGAGGAGUUCUUUGUGAAACAGGGUCCCAGUGCAGGAGGAGCGGCUGCUAACCAGGAGGAGGAGGAGGAGGACCUGGGUCUAGGAGGUCUGAGCGGGAAACAGCUCCGAGAACUGCAGGACCUGAGGCUGGUGGAGGAGGAGAACAUGCUGGCUCCGUCCCUGCAGCAGUUCUCUCUGCGCUCGGAGAUGUUACCCUCCUACAUCCCGAUCCGAGUGGCUGAGAAGAUCCUAUUUGUGGGAGAGUCGGUCCAGAUGUUUGAAAACCACAACCACAGCCCGUCCAGAGCCGGAUCGAUCCUGAAGCACCAGGAGGACACAUUUGCUUCAGAGCUGCACAGACUCAAACAGCAGCCGCUCUUCAGCCUCGUCGACUUUGAGAAUUUAAUUGAUUGUAUCAGGAGCACAGUGGCCGAGCACCUGUGGACUCUGAUGGUGGAAGAGGCGGACCUGCUGGAGCAGCUCAAGAUCAUCAAAGAUUUUUACCUGCUGGGUCGAGGAGAGCUCUACCAGGUAUUCAUCGACCUCGCUCAGCACAUGCUCAAGACUCCUCCCACAGCUGUCACAGAGCACGAUGUGAACGUGGCGUUUCAGCAGGCAGCUCAUAAAGUUCUGCUGGACGAUGAUAACCUGCUGCCUCUGCUGCACCUCACUGUGGACUACCAGGGGAAAGACUGUAAAGAGUCGUCAGGUCCCAGAGAUGGGGUCACACCCCCUCAGGACAUGUCUCCUCGUGAGGCUCCGCCCACUGGCUGGGCAGCGCUUGGUCUCACUUACAAGGUUCAGUGGCCUCUACAUAUCCUGUUCACCCCUGCUGUGUUAGAGAAGUAUAACGUUGUUUUCAGGUAUCUGCUAAGCGUGCGGCGUGUUCAGUCUCAGCUGCAGAUGUGUUGGGCUCUGCAGAUGCAGAGGAAACACCUAAAGUCUAGCCAGAUGGACGCCGUGAAGUGGAGGCUCCGCAACCACAUGGCCUUCCUCAUCGACAAUCUGCAGUACUACCUCCAGGUGGAUGUGUUGGAGUCUCAGUUCUCUCAGCUGCUGCAGCAGAUUAACUCCACCAGAGACUUUGAGAGCAUCAGACUGGCUCACGAUCACUUCCUCAGUAACCUGCUGGCCCAGUCUUUCAUCCUGCUCAAACCGGUGUUCCACUGUCUCAAUGAGAUCCUGGAGCUGUGUCUCAGUUUCUGCUCUCUGGUCAGUCAGAGUGUUUCCUCUCUGGACGAGAGGGGGGGCGCUCAGCUCGACAUCCUGGUCAAGGGUUUCAGACGCCAGUCAUCUUUGCUCUUUAAAAUCCUGUCAAGUGUCAGGAACCAUCAGAUCAACUCUGAUUUAGCUCAGCUCUUACUGAGACUGGACUACAACAAAUACUACACUCAGGCCGGAGGCACGCUGGGCAGUGUUUAAGAAGAACGCUGAGGAUUACAAGUCGGCCAUCUUUGUUCAUCUGUGACCAGAACAAACUCUUUUAACCUUUGACCCUAAAGGUUAAACAUCUUAGGUAACCACGUCUCUGUUAUGAACCUCAUGUUGGGAGCUUCAGGAUGACCUGCAGUGUGAAGAUGAUCGUUACCCGAGAUAACGAGCGGAGUGUAUAAACUGUAUAUAUUUAAACUUUACUGCAUGUUUGUGUUUCUGUGGAGAAUAAAUCAGACUGUUGGAAUAAAGAA